AUGGAGAAAAACAAUGAGACUAUAUCCACAGAUUUUAUUCUCCUGGGGCUCUGGCCUGAGUUCAGCCACCUUGUGAUCCUUAUCUACCUUAUCCUUUUGGUCUACUGUAUGGCUGUUAUGAGCAAUGUUGUUCUCAUUCUCCUCAUCUGGCUUGAUUUGCAACUUCACUCCCCCAUGUACUUUCUGCUCAGCCACCUCUCCCUCAUUGACUUGGCCUUGAUCUCAACUUCUGUCCCCAAAAUGGUCACAAACUUCUUCUCAGGAGAAAGAAUCAUAUCACAGGUAGGUUGUGGAACCCAGAUCUUCUUCAGCUUAACCCUGGGAAUUGCUGAGUGCCUCCUGCUAACUCUCAUGUCCUAUGACCGCUACAUUGCCAUCUGUAACCCACUUCGUUACUCAGUCAUUAUCAGCGAUAUCACCUGCAAAAAGAUGGUCAUUGUGUCCUGGACAGGGGGAGCAAUAACUUCCCUGGUUCAUACAGCCUACGCCAUGCAUUUUCCCAUUUGUCACCCCCGAGAGAUCCUGCAUUUUUUGUGUGAGGUCAUGGCCCUCUUGAAGCUCACUUGUGAGGACAUUUCAGCCUAUGUGAAGUCAGUGGUGGUCUCAAGCUUUCUGGUGGUCCUCAUCCCUCUAAGUCUCAUCCUGGCCUCCUACACCCUCAUCUUUCUUGCUGUCCUCCGCAUGAACUCCUCUGAGGGCAGGAACAAGGCUCUGGCCACCUGCUCCUCCCACCUUUGUGUGGUCAGCCUCUACUUUGGCCCUGCCAUAUUGGUCUACAUGAGACCAGGGUCUUCUAAGACUCCCAAAUUAAAUCAAUGUCUUUUUAUGUUUAAUGCCAUCCUUACCCCUAUGCUUAACCCACUCGUCUAUAGUCUGAGAAACAAGGAUGUUAUAGAAGCUUUGAAGAGUAGAGUCAUCAAUAGAUUCCCCCUGAGAAAGAUGAAAAGACAUCUACACUGCUAUACAUGA